UCGCCAAGCCCGCCAAUUCACUAGCACAUACAUUGACAUGGUAGCGCUCAAGUUUUUUUUUUUUUUCUCUUUUAAAAUCAUAAAACUGAAAACUGAUAAGCCUCCACCGUAUGCUCGGCAGAAUGCCGUAUGAGUCACAUUUCCGGUGUUAUUUAUGAGUUAAUGUAUGCAUCAAACGUACACGAAAUUUAGCGUUGGCUAACAGUGAAAUUAAAGAAAUAAAAAUAAGAAACCAUUGAGUUGCACAGAAAGUGAUAAUCAUUGUGAUGGUAUCGUGUGAAGUACAGUUGGGAGAUGCCAAAAAAAUGACCAAGAGCCGUUGCAAAAUAUGUGAAUUACUCGGUGAAAGUGAGAUAACACGUGAACAUGGUUUAAGUGAUCCGUGUCACUUGUCCUCUCUUCAGCAGUUGAAUCAUUUUGGCUUAUGUUACGUACCAAAUUCAAAUAUUGACUAUGCCAACCAUGGGCUACUCAAUGGAAGCUAUCUACCGCAGCUUAAGGACAUGAUGCUAGCAGCUUAUUUACUGAGAGAAUUCAAAAUUAUAAAAUACAAUGAUCGGUCCCCAUUCGGUUUGAGUAUUAUUCCGGGCUAUAUACAUAUGUGAUACCCUUGUGCAUGAGUCCGCGCCGAUCGAAUACUCUUAUAAAGCCGAGGGUCUUUGACUCCACGAUCGGCGCAAGAGCCAGCUACUGUGUAGUGCCUGUCACCUUUGCAAUGUAAUAAGUACAUACACUCUCCUUACUGACUCGAUGAACGGAAGUGCACAAAACAGGAAGUGA